UUUCCUUUCAACAAAAGAACGUUGCAAGGUUGGCAACAAAAGGGCUCUUAUUUGUGUCUCAAGCAGGAGCAAGCAAUAGCCGCCUUUCUGCGCCAUGUCAUAGGCGUGGGGCGCGACUUUCAGUAUUGCCGUUGCUUUUGGUACACAGCAACUCCACAAGCAAUGCAUACUUGCACACAUGUGGUAUCCAGUUGUGUGUUCUGAUACUUCCACAAACUGUUUUGGAUCCGUCGCUCAGGUGGGCAACCUGGUGGUAUAUUAAAACGAGGUAUCCUGCGCUUUGGGGGUCUGGUGAUACGGCAACUUUGUGGAAGUCAGUGUUGAUAUAUCGUCCUCCGCCGCCAACUCCUCGCCGCCAGAAACUGGUAGAUUGACGCGUUCUGCCAAGUACGACAGAGCCUUUUUGGCCUCCGUCUUGAUCGAAAAGAUGCUCCGGUCCAGAAUUCCCUGCUGUGAUUGAUUGGGACCACCGCCAAAGAGGGUUCGUUUGCGUGUAUUCUUGAUCAACUUCAGAACCAAAGCAUCCUCGUCCAUGAUUCGUUCUCGAAUGUAUUCAUCACUCGUGACGACCCGAUCAAUGAGUCCUUCUUCCAGUGCAUCAUAUCCGAGCCAUAUUUUACCCGUAGCCACAUCCUCAAUGGUACGUGCCAAAGUCGGUCUAGCUUCUGCCACGUAUCGUUUAAAGGCAGCAUGUGUUUCGUCGACAAUGGACUGAAGUCCCCUCUUGUCGCGUUUGGAGACUUCUCCAAUCAAAUUGCCACCGGGCGCCUUGUCCUUGCCCGCUUUGAACACCAUACCCUGAAUCCCCCAUCCAUCGAGUAACUUUUGUACAUUAAUGGCUUGUCCAAUAACCCCAAUGCUGCCCAACACGGCAAAGGGUGCGGCGUAGAGCUGCCCCGGUGAUGCCGCACAGGCAAUCAUGUACCCUCCCGAUGCGGCGAUCCGGUCUACGACGACCGUGACAGUGAUAUUCUCCACGUUCCGCAGUCGUAGCAAUUGUUGCGAUGCCAAGGCAAAUUCGUUGGCGGCGCCACCGGGUGAUUCCAGCAAUACCAAUACUUCUAAUUGGCGAUCUUCCUCCUCCUCGUCAUUGUCGUCAUUGUCAUUAUCAGUAUUGUACGGAAUAGUCUUUUUGUCGUGCUGAUGAAUCAGAAACGAGACUUCAUCUCGUAGCAUGUCAAUUCGUCCCGGCGCUUUAUUGAUAUUGCUCAGAUCCAGGACAAUAAUGGUUGCGGCGUACUUUUGUGGAUUCGUUGCGUGUUGUUGUUUCUCGCGCAAGCUUUGGUAGAGCUGGGAGAUGGGUUCCUUGGCUGAUUUCUUUUUCUUUGGACUGUACCGUGCCGCCUUUUGCAGGGCUUGGGUAUCCUUAUCAUACCGAUCAUUGAUUCGUUCAAAGGUAUAAUGCUGUUCGAUGGGUGGAAUAAAGCUAUUGUUUUCUUGCAAUAGGGUCUUUGUGAGAAUGGAAGACAUGACGGGAUUCUUGGCUCCUAAUAAUAGCAAGGCAAUCAAGAGUGGAUCUCCCUUUUUGUUUCCCGCGGCUUGCAAUUGUCGCAUAAUGUCGAUAAAGACGACAAUUUUCAAGAGUUGCGUGAAAUCCAGUGGUGGCAUCUUAUAUUUAGUGCCGUCCUUGGGUAAGAUCUUGGUCUGGAUGACUUUGGCAAUUUCGCGUCGAAAGGCAAUCACGGUCAAGACCAAGGUGAUUUGAAGGCGACGUUUCUUGACAAAGGUCAUGACUCUUGUGGGUAGUUUUUCUUUUUUCUUUAAUGCAGAAUUCACAGCUGUCUUGGCUUUUUCCUCCUCCUCUUCCUCGUGAUCACUGUCAUCGUCGUCCGUAUCCGAAUAGUCUGGAUUGGCCUCAUAGAGAGGAUCAUCAUCGUAAUCAUCAUCGGAUGUGCUGUCUACUACAUGGACGGAAGGCUUGUGAUCAGGGCUGUUCUUCUCGGCCGCCGUGGCAGUGGUGGUAGAUAUAGAUAUAGAUAACAGAACGACAAUAGCCAGCCACCAGCUGAGGAGGGUUCGUUUCCUCGUUGACAACAUCCUUCUCAUCUACUGUACAGUACUGUAAUCCAACUAGCUAGACUAUCAUAACUGGCUGUUGGCUACUUGAGUAUGGAAGGAAGAGACUGUGAUUAGCCGUUGCAGAACGGAAGAUACGAAGAUUCUGUACCCGUGGAGCCUUUUUCUGUUCUAUCCUUGUUCCGAAAAUUGAGUCAUCUUUCGCGUGACUUGAACAGUUCGUGAUCGAAGCUACACCGAAUUUUGGCAAUCCUCGCCACUUUUUUCUGGCAAACCGAAACUUUGGAAGGCUCCCCGCGUAAGGGCAUCGAUCUCUAACGGGUAGAUUUGAUUGUGCUUGUGUGGCGCACUAUCAUAAAAUCUUUCACUAUCUUUUUGUAACUGUCCGAUUUGAGGACAAGACGCGGGAUGGCGGACCGUCUCACCAAAAUUGGCCAAGCCAAGCCUAAGAUACCCAUAGAUACCCGUGGCAGUUAAAGUCACGCCUCGAGCACAGGAGCACGGGAACUGCUUUUUUGACCUCUGCUUUCGUCGUCUAUUUGGUGAACCAGUUUUACAACCACCAUCAGGAACACAAAACAAUACAAGCAGCUGUUUGCGUUGCGUCGUCUUCUCCUAGUAUUUUCACCAUGGUGCUCCUGACGCAUGAUAUCCCUCGCAGUGGCUCCUACUACCACUACGACGACGACGAUGACGAGGAUCCAUUGAUUCGAGAUACCAUCAUUGUCAACAAUUGCAAUGGAACCAGUACAUGUACCACCGAAGGAGAACGGGUCAAGACGGAGUAUGAUUACGACUUUAUCGUGGACGAUCCAGAUAUCCACGACGAUGACGCCGAUUACGGACCCGUCGAACGACCACCCACACCACCAACACCACCACAGCAGCAGCAGUCCGCAACAACAGCGGCCGAAAAAAAGAGUUUGGCUCGCAAGCUGUUUCGUGGCGUUGGCAAAAAGGUGAUUCGAUUCUCCGUUCGAGCCAAGAAACGUGGCAAUAAUAAGAACAGUAGUAAGCAGAAGAUAAAGCCGGGGAAUGCCGUCAAGCUAGAGGAUACUCCGCCACAUUCCAAAGCCAGCAGCACUACGGACAGCUUGGAUCCCGACUGUCCGUCCAGUGCCGGCGUGGAUACCGAUGAAGCCCUUUUGCUCUUGAAUCAUCAAUUUCGUUACAGCGAGACAGAUGAGGAUGAGGAAGAUGAAACGACGACGACCACCACCACAGAUGGUAAUAGUAAGCGCUUUACCAUUGAAAUUGACAGCGACAAGAACCAGGUCAAAGUGCUGGAUGAAGAAUCUACCUGCUUGCUGCAAGAAGAAUACUAUUACUAUGAUCCUACCACCACCAAUGCCCGGCAACCCCACCCCAAAAAGUCCAUUCUCCAUGACUUGUUCAGGCAUUCCAUCUUGCGCGGCCGUGGUGGCUAUGAGGAAAAGAAGGAUGAGGAACCAUCACAACAACUCGGCAAUUUUUUGACAGAUAUUCAAUACUAUCAACAACGACACCAACAUGAGGUGGAGGACGACGACUCGCAAGACACAGAGGACUGGGAGGAAGAAAAGCAGCCAGAGGGUGGACCACUGCAACUCAUUCAAAGGCGCAUAGUCCCCCAACAACAACAGGAUGAUAACAACAGCAGAAACAGCGACAACCAUACAAAGAUCAAAUCCAGCCUAGGAGAUAUUGAAAUCACCGUUGACAGCUUUAAUCAUGUCAGUGAAGAUGCUCUGGUGUUGGCUCAUUCCUUGGGUCGUCGGAACAAGCAGCAACACAACACCAACAACAACCUUGUCACCACUCAAUGCAACAGCGCGGAUUCAUUGGAAGUGGAGGAGGGAAUCAUUGCACCUUUCUUGGCUGGGUUUGCCUGUGGCGAGUUAGGUCGCUGUCCACAGCAGCCAACGUCGACACCGAGCAUCUUGCCAACACUAUCGGAAGACCCACCUGACGACGAUCUCGUCCCCAAACACAACCUCCAACAGGAACCAUUGGCUUGGUUGGGAAGUCCGGUGGACACUAUGGAUCUUGACGACGACGAGGAGGAAGAAGAGGAGGAAGAAGAGGAAGGACAACCACGGCAGCAGCUAGAACCAGACAAGAUGCGCAGUACUAGAAGUUUGGACGAUGCGGGGCAUGUGGUAGAACAUGUCAAUAUUGUGGGGGGUGUUGACAGUGAAGAAUUGCGGUCGGCCUCUUUCUCCUCAGCCCCCCUUCGGAAUCUUUCGUUUUCGUCGGCCAAUAGGAUUGACUCCUUUGGGUCGGCGAGGGAAGAUAUUGCCAAAAUGCAGUGGCACAAACAGUAUCUGCAUCUCUCUGUGCAACGGUUACUAGAGGAAAAGCUAUCCAAGGACAACGACGAAGACAAGGACGAGACGAACAAAGCAUCAGAUAAUGCCGAUGCAAGAAACAGCGAGGUCGACGGCGAAGAGCGCAGCAGCGUCAAGGAGACGGCCAGUCAGAUUGAACCUCUGCCACCGCCUCCCAGGGAGAGAAGCCGCAGAAGGAGAAGUUUCUUUCGACAGAAGGAGCGCAAAGGAGAAGAAGAAGAAAAGAAAGAAGAACAUAACGUUGUCCAGAGAGAAAAGAAAGAGAAGCAGCACGAAGGUGGUAAUGUUGAUUGGAACGACAACCGUUUCCACGAUGAUUUUGAUGAUUUUGACUUCGAAGCCAAUUUCCCAAACAUUGAAGUGGACAGUAUCCAAUUCGACGAGGAGAAAAAGGAGGAGCUUGCCGCCAACGACGAAGGAGAGAACCCAACUAGAGAGAUUCCUCACGAGCAAAGUAAAGGCGGAGGAACUGCAAAAAGCGAUGUGUCGGUAGGGUACAUAGUCCGCGACCUUGACAAGUUUCGCGUGAAACACGUGUCACCGCAAGAGAUUGCAGCUGCCAAGGCCAACCCUCCACCCCCACCCGAAUCGCCCUCGAGAUCCCGAAGCGGGAUCCCUCUGUUGCCCCCACCGCCGCCACCAACUGGAUCGUCUCCGGCGAGGCUUCUGAGGCAACAGCGGAAUGAUCGAUACUCUGUUGAAAUGGAAAGCGUUGCAGGAGACAGCGUGGAAGCUCGCAAGUUAGGAAAUAAGGUUCUGUCCGAGUUUGCCUCUCUUGUGAAGAAACACAGCGACUUUGAUCAGCCGAAAGGUCCCGCAACCGCCAUCACCGAUGGUACUAGGUUAGCUGAUACGGAAAAAGCCGAGACGAACGAAGCAAACAUUACGAAUAGUGCUUCGAAGAUCAUGCCCAUCAUGGCCAAGCCCAUGCUUCCUCUAUUUGAUGAUGCAGAGGGAAGUGUGGACUCGGAGGAAGAAGACGACGACGAGGGAAACAAGAAGGAAGUCGAGGACAGCAAUCAAAAUCAAGAUGACAAUUUUGUUGUGAGUGCCAAAGAGAGAGGCCUUGUUCACACAAGACAGUUCCAACAGAAACCGAAGUGGUCCUUCGAGCACGACAGCAUCUUUGACGGCACCGACGAGAUGGAUGUACCUGUGUCCACGAUCGCUGUCGAGAAGAAGAUACCCAUAUCGACUCGAUCGGGGUACACGUUUGAUUUGGUAGAUGAAAGGCGCGAAACGAUUGGAGGGGACGACUUGCCAUGCGAUGAGAUCAUUAUCACGAGCAGCAGUACAAAGACAAAGAAGCAGGUUUCUUUCAACUUGGGAGAUGACUUGAGGUCUCUUGCAUCGCUGACUACAGCAGCGCACUCGGGCACAACGCUAUUGAAUGAUGUUCUUUACGGUUGCGUCGGAAGAGAAGCUACUCGGGACAUCAUGAAGAAAGUUGUCAAGGGACUAGACCGGUACAUUGACACAAUUGAGCAAUCCUACGAAGACGACAUCACUUCCCUGGACGACGAAGAAAGUGACUUUUCCUUGUUGAUAUAAUUGUUUGCAGCGUGUCUGUCGGAUUUUCAUGGCAUAGUUUGGAACAUCCAUGCAUGUUUGAGUAGUACAUUUGGAAUAAGCAACUUAUGAGAAUUAUUUAAAAACUAGCAAUUGCUUAUUUGUUCUGUAGCAGCAA